UCAGGAAAAUAUCCCCGCACUCGUCAACUGGAGCCGCUUACGUUGAGCAGCGAGCAGCGAUAGUUUUUGAAAGACGAGAGGAGAGUGGACUGUUUGUUUUGACUAAAACCCGGCGCUGAACGGGGGUUACAUAGUUGUUCACAUCCGCUUUAAACUGACCAGUGUUAGGGGCGAGUGUUUCAUGUUUUGCAGUUUUAGGUGUGCGCGUGGACACUUCCAACUGGCGGAUCGCAUCAGUUGGCCCGGAGGGUCAUCGUCCUUCGACGACACCCUCUGCUCCGUAACUGUUUAGAAAAUGACCGGAGAGAAGAUCCGCUCCCUGCGGAAGGAUCAGCAGAGGCCGAGCAAGGACGAGGAUUUACUGGAGCCGGACGAGGAGGCUGCGACCGGGACCUUCACUGCCUCCAAGGCGAACAACAAGAGCAGGGCGAGUAAAAUCUUCAGCAAUCACAAGUUGGUCAAGUCGUCGUCCACACAACAGCAGCAGCAACAACAGUCACAUGCGAACGCUAACACCAACACGCUGUCAACGGCGAAUGUUGUCGAUGACAACAACAAGAACCCAAUCAUUCGAACCGGGCUGGACUUCCCGGUGCAUGAAUGUGUGUUUAAGGGAGAUGUCCGGCGACUUUCUUCGCUCAUUCGGACGCAGAACAUCGCCCAGAAAGAUGUGCAUGGAAACACUCCACUGCAUCUUGCUGUCAUGAUGGGGCAAAAAGAGUGUGCCCACCUUCUGCUGGCCCACAAUGCACCAGUGAAAGUGAAGAAUGCUCAGGGAUGGAGCCCCCUCGCAGAGGCCAUUAGCUAUGGAGACCGACAGAUGAUCACAGCGUUGCUGAGGAAGCUCAAGCAGCAGUCCAGGGAGAGUGUGGAGGACAAGAGGCCCAAGCUGCUAAACGCUCUGAAAGAGCUUGGUGAUUUUUACUUGGAGCUUCACUGGGACUUCCAAAGUUGGGUGCCUUUGCUCUCCAGAAUCCUGCCUUCGGAUGCGUGCAAGAUCUACAAGCAGGGCAUUAACAUCAGAUUGGACACUACACUGAUAGACUUCACAGACAUGAAGUGCCAGCGCGGUGACCUCAGCUUCAUCUUCAACGGCAAUGCCAUCCCCUCAGAGUCCUUUGUUGUGCUAGACAACGAACAGAAAGUCUACCAGCGGAUACAUCACGAGGAGUCAGAGAUGGAGACGGAGGAGGAAGUGGACAUCCUGAUGAGCAGCGAUGUUUACUCCGCCACACUCUCCACCAAGUCUAUCACUUUCUCAAGGGCGCAGACUGGCUGGCUGUUUAGAGAAGACAAAACGGAGCGCGUGGGAAAUUUCCUGGCAGAUUUCUACUCUGUGAACGGCCUGGUCCUUGAGUCCAGGAAGAGGCGGGAGCAUCUGAGUGAGGAAGAUAUCUUACGGAACAAAGCCAUCAUGGAGAGCCUGAGCAAGGGAGGAAACCUCAUCGAGCAGAACUUUGAGCCGGUGAGGAGACAGUCUCUUACUCCCCCAUCACCCAACACUGUCUCCUGGGAAGAAUACAUCACUGCUGAUAAUGGAAAAGCACCUCAUCUAGGAAGAGAGCUGAUCUGCAAAGAGAGCAAGAAAAACUUCAAGGCCACCAUAGCCAUGAGUCAAGACUUCCCUCUGGGCAUUGAAUCGUUGUUAAAUGUUCUGGAGGUGAUUGCACCCUUCAAGCACUUUAAUAAACUCAGGGAGUUUGUGCAGAUGAAGCUUCCUCCCGGUUUUCCUGUCAAACUUGACAUCCCCGUCUUUCCCACAAUCACAGCCACGGUGACGUUUCAGGAGUUUCGCUACGACGAGUUUGAUGAGAGCAUUUUUACCAUUCCCAAUGAGUACAAAGAAGAUCCUAGCCGCUUCCCUGAUCUUUAACCUUGCACACACGUGUACUACAGAACAACAUUGUGCAACAAAAACUAACUCUUUUAAAUACAAAAGGAAAACUGGAGGGAAAAAAACAUUUCUGAUGAAAAAAGACUUCAAAGAUAAGAGACAUGGCCUCAUGAGACCUGAUGGAGGUUCAGUGUGGCCAACGAUGACACUAUCUAAUGAGGGUGAAUGUCUUCAUCAGUGAAAGGGCAUUGAAGUUAAAUCAAGUGACAGCAGAGCUUGUGAGGUUUCUCUAUAUUUACGUCUAUAAGUCAUGUUUGUUUUUUUUUAAAGCGACUGUUCAACUGACGUGUAGUAAAGCACUGAUAUUACUGUGUGAGAAGUUGGGGAGGAACUCCAUAACAAUUUUUUUUUUUUUUUUUAUAAAUGUUUUUCUGUUCAUGUAGAUUCUCCUCCCCCAAGGUGCAAAGCCAUUUUAACUUUGUGAUAUUGGCUAUUAGGUCAUAAAAAAAAAAAAAUCAAACCUCUAAAAAGGAUGUUGUGUAUAAAAUCUAAAAUUGUUCUCUUUAUUUUGUAUUCCCACUUACUGGUCAUUAUCAAAUAUAGAAAUGUUCCCAAAGAUAAACACUGUUAAAAUAUUUAAUAUCGAAUGAAUUGUCUAGUUGUAGACCCGGGUUUGAAACCGGGUCGGAAAACAAGGGCCUUUCUGCAUGGAGUUUGCAUGCGUAUUUGCCCACAGUCCAAAACAUGCACAUAUGGGGAUUAGGUAAAUUGGACACUCUAAAUUGACCGUAGGUGUCAGUGUGAGAGUGGAUGGUUGUUUAUCUCUGUGUGUGUCCCUGUGAUGGACUUGCGACCUGUCCAGGGUGUGAUCCCGCCUAUCGCCCUAUGUCAGCUGGGAUUGGCACCAAUGCCCCCGCAAUCGCCAUGUGGAGGAUUAAGCGGUAGAAAAUGGAUGGCCGUCUAGUUGUUACUUUUGUAUGUAAGCAAAUGGAAAGUUAUUAGUUUUUGUGGGAGAACUCCCCUUAAACUCUGCACAAUUUUGAAAUUGUGUGCAUGUGUUAUAAUUCCGCCAUUACUGACCUAUUGAACCCAUGGAGGUGACACUAGAUAAUGCUGCAGAUUUUUAAGGUACCACAGAGUUAUCUCUUUGUGUGAGAGAUGGUGAAUGUAUGUCCAAGCCCUUUUUUUGUUUGUUUGUUUGUUUGUUUCACUUUUGUAAAGUAAACAACAAACCGUUUGCUGAAGGAAGAGUCUUGUACAGGAAGUAGAUGUUACAGAAUGAAUGAGAACAUUCAAGCCAUGUUUUAAACUUAAUAAGAACCGGGCUUAUUUCCUGCAGAUCAAGUAAAUACCGGUUUUAUGAGUUAUUACUUAGUUUUUUUCUAUGUUUGCUUUUUAUUUGUGCUGGUGAGUUGAAGAUGUCUGAUACAAGAUGACAAGUUGUUGGAAUUUAAAAAAAAAAAAAAACGUUUCAUGGAAGUUUAUUUGGUUAUUGGUUUGGGACAUGGUGGCAGGUUUUUUUGUACAUACUUGUGUUAAAAAGAAAAUACUGAAUCUCUUUAUUCCUCGUGUCAUUUUUCCCCUCGACUAAUUUUAUCUGAAACUGUAUGAGUCUCAUUCUCAUGUGGAAAAGGCCACAAAGUCAUGACAGUGUAUAGCAGCUGUUACAGACAGGUGAUCUGGAGGAUGUUAUGUUUGUUGUGGUGCUGUUUAGCAUCCACAUUAUUGGAACAUGUUUAUGUCCAUAUACAGCGCAGCAAAUUGUGCAAACCUGUAACAGUUUUAAAAUGUUCAAUAUACCCCAAGUGUGGACUCCCAUGUUUCUUAAAAUGAUAUUUGUACUCCAAAGGGUUUUUGUUAACCUCUCUGAAGCCACAAGUCUGUUUUCUAUUGACCACCACCAUGUAUUCAGUUCAUUUUAUAAUAAUAAAAUUUUCCAUUUGUU